AGCGACUGUGGGAGUGAUGUUGCCCGACAAGAUGUUGGUAGCUCAACCAAAUACUGCCAGUCGUUACACUUGGGAAAGGCCCUCGCCCCCUCCCAGCAGGCGAUAAUUAUUGUUGUUUGAGGCGCUUACUCGCGGGUUUACGACAUGGCUGCCCAGGGUUUCCUUCUCCGGUUGACCACUCGAAUAUCAGUCCAUAGAUCUGCUGCUUCUUCGGUGGCAUCAGAUAUUUUGCCCAUUCAUUUGUGUAAUGGUCGAAGUGUCCCAAAUCAGCACCAAGCCUCAACUCAAUGCCACAACCUUUCCACCAUACCCUCUGCUCACCCAGCCAAUGCGCAUGUCUCGUACUUGCCCCGUAUCCCUGUCCUCCAGGAGGAAGUGUCGAUGGGCACUCCUCUAUUCUCCUUGCUCUCACCUCCGUCACAGGAUAACACACUCAAUCCCCGGGUCAUGCUUACACGGGCCUUGUCCCAACCGCCAGCGAUUCUUGAUGUCCAUGAUCAUGCGAAUCUGAUUCUUGUCGUACCCACCACCGCCGCAUGUGCAUGCUGGGCAAGGCGCCCUGGUGUCGAACCUGGGGCUGGGCUCACGCGCGAUGCCAUCUCCAAAGGUGUUGCAAUACCGGAAGCCCCAGCCUGGAUAGCAUGGCUGCGAGAUCUGGAACCAGUGGUGGCCGCAAUUCUGAGAGCGGAAAUGGUACGUGUAGCACAUUUUCGUCCGCCUAUUAGGUUACUCCGAAAUUACGGAUGAAAGGAUGGAAAUAAGAUAAAUAUCUCCCAGAACGCUGCUCGGAGUCGUUCUCUCUUGUGUUGUCAGUGGUUAUGUUGCGCUUUGCUGGAAAUGAGGGAAAGAAAUUGCAGCAACCCCGUUUAUGUGCUUGUGAUCUUCGGUGAAUUUACCACAAGGUGUUAGAUUGGGUGAUUUAAGUCCUGAAAUAUUGAAGGGAAGGGACGACUGCGUACUUGAUUCACGUUAUGAUGGCAAGAGACGGUAGCCCAAUGAUAAGCCGCGGUGAAUCACCCCGGUAAUAAAUGACAAUUAGCUG